UUGUUCUUCCUGGGACCAGUCCAUUAGAAGAUAUCAUAGAAUAUGUGUGCAGACAGUUUAUAGUGGGUUGGAAGAGACUUGGGAGUGAGUGGUCCACGAAUACCAAAGAUCCGCUCGAACAGGAGCCAAAGACAUGACCAAAUCCAACAGUCUUCUUCCUCGCAGGCAGUGGUUACAUCGUAAAAGCAGCAAAGAGGCACCCACAAAAGCUUCGAUAGGCGAUGAUGCAUCAGCGCGUGGAAGAGUCAAAGACAAGUCAGCACGGCAUCCAUCCCCCGUUCUCAACUCCAAAACUUGAGCUGACCGACCGAAGGAACCAUAAAAUCUGAGCCAUUCGUUCAUCCCCUUCAUCUUCUUCGAGACAAUCCCAAUUCCUCUCCUUCCCAUGCCCUCUCUCCCUCCUCUUCUUCUCCCUCUCUUCCUCUUCUUCCCCUUUACCUUCUCUAGACCAUUCGCCGUUCCGCUCCAACAUGCGAAGCACCCGAUGGCUGUCCAACCCCGCCUUGGAAACGACACGUGGGGUUCGUUCCACCGCUUCCUCGACCUGGGACGCGGUAGCCACGCCAACGGUCUGUCCGGCCUGAAGCGGUACUUCGCCCGGUUCGGUUACUUCCCCGAGCCAUACUCGACGCAGCUCUCCGACUCGUUCGACGCCCGGCUUGAGGCCGCCGUCGUCCGCUACCAGGCCCACCUCGGCCUCCCUAUCACCGGAAAGCUCGACGGCACCACCCUCGCUCAGAUCAUGACCCCCCGGUGCGGCGUCCCCGACCCGAUUGCGAAUCGGUCCAAUCAAACCGGACCGAUCGAGCGGUUCACGUUCUUCACCGGUCGGCCCAGGUGGACCGGGUCCAAGCCGUUGACGCUGACUUACGCCGUAUCGCCGGCGCACACCAUCGACUACAUCAGCCGCGCCAACAUCGCCGCUGCGCUCCGGCGAUCCUUCGCCCGCUGGGCGAGGGUGAUCCCGGUGCGGUUCGUGGAGUCGGCGGAGUACGAAGUGGCGGACGUCAAGGUGGGGUUUUACAGCGGCGACCACGGCGACGGCGAGCCCUUCGACGGGGUGCUGGGGAUCCUGGCCCACGCGUUCUCGCCGGAAAGCGGCAACCUGCACCUGGACGCGGCGGAGCGGUGGGCGGUGGACUUGGGGAAGGAGGAGUCACAGGUGGCCGUGGACCUGGAGUCGGUGGCGACGCACGAGAUCGGGCACGUGCUCGGCCUCGGCCACUCGGCGGUGAAGGAGGCGGUGAUGUACCCCAGCCUGAGCUCGAGGAUGAAGAAGGUAGAGCUGCGGGCGGACGACGUCGAGGGGGCGCAGGCCCUGUACGGGUCAAACCCAGACUUCCGAUUCAGCCAGCUCGUCGAGUCGGAGACGUCAUCUGCUCAUCGCUAUGCUCUCCGCGGUGGCCGUGGGAUUCCUCGCAGAGGUUGGAUGGGAGCUGCGGUCGUGGUAUCGAUGUUGAUGGUGUAGAUAAGGAUUCAUACGACACCCAAUAGGAAGAGACGCUUUACGUUUGCAGUCCUGUGAAGAAACAGAGACGAUACGUAUUAUGUCGGUUUAUAUUAUAUUACGAUUUCUUAGCACACGCA